UGAGAAAUGUCAAACCCUAAACCCUAACCUCUGGGUUGUUGAGUAUUUACAGUGUAAAUGUUGCUUUGACAAGAUAAAGAGGUUGAACACAACAACAGCUGAACUUCCAAGCGUCCCAGGAGGGACCAGAAUGCAGCUUUUUAGGAUUCCUACAUGUCACUGUCUGAUGUUGUGUUCGAUCAGCUGGAGUGCGUGGUGCACCUGGUGCAGAUGGGGUGUGAGGUGAACACGGUGACGAGCCGCUUCAACCAGACGCCGACUCAUACCGCCGCGUUCGGAGGGCACCCUCACUGUGUGGUGUGGCUCACUCAGGCCGGCGCCGACAUUAACAGACAGGACUGCGUCGGUGAGGCUCCCAUUCACAAGGCGGCUCGCUCCGGAAGCUUGGAGUGUAUUCAGGUCCUGUUGAUAGCUGGAGCAGAACCACACUUAAGGAAUGCCAGUGGACAGACGGCAGCUGACCUUGCCCAAGCUCACGGAUUUCAUGACUGCUUCUGCAUCAUCUCCAAUGCCCAGACACAUCUGGUCCAGCUUCGUGUGCUCCGAGACUGCGCCCCCUGUGGGCAGGGACAGCACUGCAGGAAGAGGCAGCUGACUCAAAAGGAGAACCAUCACAUGAAGAAGGCCCGGAGAGCAGAGGUGUUGGUGCAGAGCAGCAUUGGUGAUGAGGUGGAGACCAUGAGCAUGGAGCUGAGCUCAGAUGCAAACGCCAAUGCAUUUCUUGGCGUACAUCAGCUCACCCCUCCCUCUGAGAACACCCAACUAGACGAACGCCGCCACUCUCUGCCCAGUCCAGCUGAAAUGUGUGGCUCGCUGCACCUGACCGGCAGUCCUGGCAGCUCUGGCUCCAACCGGCCAGAACAUUGCGGGGACUCGCUGCUCUACGGACACUACCACGGCUUUGGAGACACGGCCGAAGACCUGAGUGACAGCGGCUGCAGGCAGCCUCUGACCAGCGCCGUCCACCUCUACCACGGCUCAUAAAUGAAGCUGCUGAGAGAGAGAGAGAGAGAGAGAGAGAGGCUCAGAGUCACAUCAGCAAGACUUCAGGAACUUUGGUGCUGAAUAAAGUUCAGGAGGUCAAACUCAUGAGUCAGGAAAUGAAACUUCUUCACUGUCCUGACAUCUUAAUUGUUCUUGUUUGUUUUCCCCAAUGUUUCAGACUUAAGAAUGGUCCUAAGAUUCAGUUUGGUCUAAUUUUAACGGACAAUUUGACAAAUAAGUCUGUGUAGAGAUGUGAAACACUCCAAAGAAUGGCCCAUACUAGUCAGUCUGGACAUGGUCCAGUCAGGAGAAUGGUACCAGAACAAACUUGAUUUUCAUGUUUAAAGCCACUUUGCUAACUGCACUGUACAGAACGGACACAACGUGACCCAGACACGAUCUGAGACAUUCUGAGUCAAGUUGAACUUUCUUCAAAACAAACUAAAUUGGUGUCAAACAUUUGUGCAGCUAAAUUUUUCAUUUUGCUGCGAUCAUUUUUACGUUUCCAGAGGUCAGACAAGGUCAACCAGUCCCUCCCAUAUCUAUGAUAUCAAACUAAUUUGAAGUCAAACUGUGCUAUUUUGUGCUGCUAAACUUUUCCUCCACAAAUGUUUAUUUGGGUAAUGUGGAGGGGGGCCGGUUGAACUUUUGACCAUUUAAACUUUCAUCAAUGUCUUCAAAAUAAAAGCAGCACAAAGAUUUGAUGCCAAUUUUGCUUGAUUUGAAGAGCAUCUACUUCAUUCAGGUAGAUGCUCUUCUUAGGCCUGGAAAACUAUGGAAUUGGGAGUUCAGUAUUUUUCAGAUCUCCAAGUAUGGAGAAGGAAAAUGAGCAUGUAAAAAUAUUUCUUUUUCCAGACAUUAUUCUCCAUCAUACUGUAAACAUUGUCUCUUUUCUUCCCUGUAUCCUACUUUACUUUUUACAUUAAUUUUUUCUCUCUGUACUUGUGUCCAUAAUUUGUGCCUUCAUUCCUUCAGUUGCCUCCUGAUGUCCUUCAGUUCUUUCGCCCUUACUUCCUUACAUCUUCUCUCGUUACUUUUUUUUUGUUCCUAUCCUUCUUUCCUUUGUAAUUUGUCCCUUUAUUGGAGCUUUGUCUCCACCUUUCUUUGGUUCUGUAUUUAGUUAUCUUAUAUAUACAUUUAAGGUGCUUGGAAAAUAAUCUGAAGAGCUGGGAGCUCUUGGAAAGCAUGGAACGUCGACAUGAGCAACUUGCAAGUUGCCAGGUUGGUCGCGGCAGCUCCUGUAAAACUGACGGUUCCUACCUGCCACCUCGUGGUGUAUUCACGUUUACACAGUUGCUACUUUGCACUAUGAGGGGUGGCAAGAUGAGCCCCCUCUGUCCAUCACCAUGAGGAUCUGCUGCACUGAACACUAAACUGAAGGCCUCGAUGUACCAAAGGGAACAUUUUGUACCGUGUUGUGAUUCUGUCUCCAAGGACUUAAUCCAAACUUGUUUAUGUUUUACGGAAGGGGAACCUUGUGCUAAAAGGACAAGCCAUGUCAGGUGUGUUUUCAAAACUGCCUUACACCAGCCAGCAACAUUGCUCUUCAGAGCUAGUUUUCUAUUUUGUCCUGAUCUUUCCUAAUAAAACCAGUUUUACAC